CUAGGUGACUUGCGUCAUCGGGCCGCGCCGCUUUCCUCCCGCCCCUCUCUGGAGUGAGGCGAGAGCCCCGCACAGAGCGAGCGAGACAGCGAGCUGAGCUCCGGGCGCUACCGCCACCGCAGCGGAGAGCGUGAGAGCGAGGGAGCAUCUGAGAGACCCAGCCUCCGCGCACUGGCCACGGCCGAGACCUUCGUCCUGACCUGGACCGGCGGGAGUCGCGGCCACCCCUCUUUUCCCCCCCUCACCUUCCCGGCCGGCAGCGGCGGCUGCACACGCCGGAGCCCGAGCCGGAGCCGGCGGCUGGGGGGGCUGGGAGGCGGCUACCUCAGGCCGGGACUAGUCAGCUGCUCCGCGGUGAGAAGACGCUGAGGAGGGGGUCGGAGCUUCUGUCUCGUCCCGGGGCGCGGGGCGAGGGACCCCCAACGUGUAGGGAGGGGGUCCCAGCCGCAGCGACACAUGCGGGAGCCGGGAGCGGGGGCGGCGCCGAGCGGAGCCGGCCGGGUCCCCCACCUCGCCGCCGCCUCGGCCACCCGCCCGGGGCCAUAGCAUCUUGCCCCCAGAGUGUAUGAACCCGGGACCCACGCUCAGCAACCACCCCCCGGCCGGGGGGGCGGGGACCCCAAUGUGAAGCGGCGGCCCCGGCGGCGGGGAGAGCAGGACCGGCGCCACCGUCCUUUCCUUACCUUCCCCCUCUCCUCAGCCCCCUCGCGAGGGGGGGGGGUCUUUUCCCUCGGCCUGUCGCCGGCCCCCCGGCUCCUCGGCAGGACUCCGGGAGGAGUUCUUAGAGCCCCCUCCCCCGCCCCAGCCCCGAGGGCGGCGGGGCCGGGGGGGACCCGGGGGGCCGGCCGCAGCCUCAGCCCAGAGGAAAACUUUAUAAAAGCAAAAUCUGGAGCCUCCCAAACGUGACUGUCCCGGGAGAAGUGGCCCAGGACGGGCAGCGGACACAGCCUGAAGGGACCCAGGAAGAGGAAAAGCGGAGGUAAGCGGGGCCGCUGCCGCCUCCUCUACUCCGGCAGCGCGGAAGAGACCCGGGUGACCGCCUGGCUUAGAGACACAAGCACCGCUUCUUCCUCAGUAACGCGCCGAGCCUUCCGCAGCUGCCGCUUCAGAGCGAACGAGGAAGGGAACCAGCCCACUUUCUCAGCGCCACGGCUCUUCCCUAAAGUGGAAUCUCAACCAGCAGAGGGAUUUUUAACAGGCUACCUAAGUAUUUGGAUUACUUCCUUAGGAUAGAUUGCCAGAAGUGGAGUUACUGGGUCAGAGGAAUGUGAAAUCCUUUGCAUCUUCUGAUAGUCUAGCCAAGGUCCAAGAAGUAGCAAGCUGGCUUUUGGAAAUGAAUCAGGAACUGCUCUCUGUGGGCAGCAAAAGACGACGAACUGGAGGCUCUCUGAGAGGUAACCCUUCCUCAAGCCAGGCAGAUGAGGAGCAGAUGAACCGCGUGGUAGAGGAGGAACAGCACCAGCAGCAGCAGCAGCAGCAGCUCCGACAACAAGAGGAGGAGCACACCGCAAGGAAUGGUGAAGUCAUCCGAGCAGAACCUAGGCUUGGAGACCAGAAUGACUCCCAGCAAGGACGGUUGGAAGAAAACAACAAUCGAUUCAUUUCGGUAGAUGAGGACUCCUCAGGAAAUCAGGAAGAACAAGAAGAAGACGGAGAACAUGCUGGUGAGCAAGAUGAGGAGGAUGAAGAGGAAGAGGAAAUGGACCAGGAGAGUGAUGAUUUUGAUCAGUCUGAUGACAGUAGCAGGGAAGAUGAACAUACACAUAGUAACAGUGUCACAAACUCCACUAGUAUCGUGGACCUGCCUAUUCACCAACUCUCCUCCCCGUUCUAUACAAAGACAACAAAAAUGAAAAGAAAAUUGGACCAUGGUUCUGAGGUCCGCUCUUUUUCUUUGGGAAAGAAACCAUGCAAAGUCUCAGAAUAUACAAGUACCACUGGACUUGUACCAUGUUCAGCAACACCAACAACUUUUGGAGACCUGCGAGCAGCCAAUGGCCAAGGGCAACAACGACGUCGAAUUACAUCUGUCCAACCACCUACAGGCCUUCAGGAAUGGCUGAAAAUGUUUCAGAGCUGGAGUGGACCAGAGAAAUUGCUUGCUUUAGAUGAACUUAUUGAUAGUUGUGAACCAACACAAGUAAAACAUAUGAUGCAAGUGAUAGAACCCCAGUUUCAACGAGACUUCAUUUCCUUGCUCCCUAAAGAGCUGGCACUUUAUGUGCUUUCAUUCCUGGAACCCAAAGACCUGCUACAAGCGGCUCAGACUUGUCGCUACUGGAGAAUUUUGGCUGAAGACAACCUUCUCUGGAGAGAGAAAUGCAAAGAAGAGGGUAUUGAUGAACCAUUGCACAUCAAGAGAAGAAAAGUAAUAAAACCAGGUUUCAUACAUAGUCCAUGGAAAAGUGCAUAUAUCAGACAGCACAGAAUUGAUACUAACUGGAGGCGAGGAGAACUCAAAUCUCCUAAGGUUCUGAAAGGACAUGAUGAUCAUGUGAUCACAUGCUUGCAGUUCUGUGGUAACCGAAUAGUUAGUGGUUCUGAUGACAACACUUUAAAAGUUUGGUCAGCGGUCACAGGCAAAUGUCUGAGAACAUUAGUGGGACACACAGGUGGAGUAUGGUCAUCACAGAUGAGAGACAAUAUCAUCAUUAGUGGAUCUACAGAUCGGACUCUAAAAGUGUGGAAUGCAGAGACCGGAGAAUGUAUACACACCUUGUAUGGGCAUACUUCCACUGUCCGUUGUAUGCAUCUCCAUGAAAAAAGAGUUGUUAGCGGUUCUCGAGAUGCCACUCUUAGGGUUUGGGAUAUUGAGACAGGCCAGUGUUUACAUGUUUUGAUGGGUCAUGUAGCAGCAGUCCGCUGUGUUCAAUAUGACGGCAGGAGGGUUGUUAGUGGAGCAUAUGAUUUUAUGGUGAAGGUGUGGGAUCCAGAGACUGAGACCUGUCUACACACGUUGCAGGGGCAUACUAAUAGAGUCUAUUCAUUACAGUUUGAUGGUAUCCAUGUGGUGAGUGGAUCUCUUGAUACAUCAAUUCGAGUUUGGGAUGUGGAGACGGGGAAUUGCAUUCACACGUUAACGGGACACCAAUCGUUAACAAGUGGAAUGGAACUCAAAGACAAUAUUCUUGUCUCUGGGAAUGCAGAUUCGACAGUUAAAAUCUGGGAUAUCAAAACAGGACAAUGUUUACAAACAUUGCAAGGUCCUAACAAGCAUCAGAGUGCUGUAACCUGUUUACAGUUCAACAAGAACUUUGUAAUUACCAGCUCAGAUGAUGGAACUGUAAAACUAUGGGACUUGAAAACGGGUGAAUUUAUUCGAAACCUAGUCACAUUGGAGAGUGGGGGGAGUGGGGGAGUUGUGUGGCGGAUCAGAGCCUCAAACACAAAGCUGGUGUGUGCAGUUGGGAGUCGGAAUGGGACUGAGGAAACCAAGCUGCUGGUGCUGGACUUUGAUGUGGACAUGAAGUGAAGAGCAGAAAAGACGAAUUUGUCCAAAUGUGUAGACGAUAUACUCCCUACCCUUCUCCGUGGAAAAAAAAAAAAAAAGAAAAGAAAAAAAAAAGAAAAAAAAAGAAAAACAGAAAAAAAAACAGAAAAAAAGAGAAAAAAAAGAAAGAAAAAAGAAAAGAAAAAGAAAAAAUAUCCCUUGUUCUCAGUGGUGCAGGAUGUUGGCUUGGGGCAACAGAGCGAAAAGAUCUACAGACUAAGAAGGAAAAGAGGAAGACAUGACAAACCGUAACUGACAAGAGAGGCGUCCGCUGUCUCAUCACAUAAAAGGCUUCACUUUUGACUGAGGGCAGCUUUGCAAAAUGAGACUUUCUAAAUCAAACCAGGUGCAAUUAUUUCUUUAUUUUCUUCUCCAGUGGUCAUUGGGCAGCGUUAAGGCUGAAGCUUCGUUACAGAUUCUGCUAGCCUGUCCUUUUACCACUGAGACCUAGAAAGGAGCUGCAAUAACAUCCAAACAAGGACUGGCUGACUUUCUAAUUAGAGAGCAUCUGCAACAAAAAGUCAUUUUUCUGGAGUGGAAAAGCUAAAAAAAAAAAAAAAAUUACUGUGAAUUGUUUUUGUACAGUUAUCAUGAAAAGCUUUUUUUUUUUUUUUUUUUUUUUUUUUUUUUUGCCAACCAUUGCCAAUGUCAAUCAAUCACAGUAUUAGCCUCUGUUAAUCUAUUUACUGUCGCUUCCACAUACACUCUUCAAUGCAUAUGUUGCUCAAAGGUGGCAAGUUGUCCUGGGUUCUGUGAGUCCUGAGAUGGAUUUAAUUCUUGAUGCUGGUGCUAGAAGUAGGUCUUCAAAUAUGGGAUUGUUGUCCCACCCCUGUACUGUACUCCCAGUGGCCAAACUUAUUUAUGCUGCUAAAUGAAAGAAAGAAAAAAGCAAAUUAUUUUUUUUUAUUUUUUUUCUGCUGUGACGUUUUAGUCCCAGACUGAAUUCCAAAUUUGCUCUAGUUUGGUUACAGAAAAAAGACUUUUUGCCACUGAAACUUGAACCAUCUGUGCCUCUAAGAGGCUGAGAAUGGGAGAGUUUCAGAUAAUAAAGAGUGAAGUUUGCCUGCAAGUAAAGAAUUGAGAGUGUGUGCAAAGCUUAUUUUCUUUUAUCUGGGCAAAAAUUAAAACACAUUCCUUGGAACAGAGCUAUUGCCGCCUGUUCUGUGGAGAAACUUUUCUUUUUUGAGGGCUGUGGUGAAUGGAUGAACGUACAUAAGAAAACUGACAAAAUAUUUUAAGAAUAUAUAAAACAAAAUAAAGUUGCUGGUCAGUCUUAGUGUUUUACAGUAUUUGGGAAAACAACUGUUACAGUUUUAUUGCUCUGAGAAACUGACAAAGCAGAAACUAUUCAGUUUUUGUAGUAAAGGCAUCACACGCAAACAAACGAAAUGAAUGGAAAAGUCAAAUGGUUUGCCUCAUUCUCCAAGAGCCACAACUCAAGCUGAACUGUGAAAGUGGUUUAACACUGUAUCCUAGGUGAUCUUUUUUUCCUCCUCCUGUUUAUUUUUUUUUUUGUUUUAUUUAUAGUCUGAUUUAAAACAAUCAGAUUCAACUUGGUUAAUUUUAGUUAUGUAACAACCUGACAUGAUGGAGGAAAACAACCUUUAAAGGGAUUGUGUCUAUGGUUUGAUUCACUUAGAAAUUUUAUUUUCUUAUAACUUAAGUGCAAUAAAAUGUGUUUUUUCAUGUUA